AUGAGCAUGAGAGCCUUCCCCUGCCAUCACACCUGCAGAACGGCACUGCUUUAUCUGACUACGGCAGCAAGAAGGCACUUCGCCUCUAGAAAGGGCGGCAUCAAUACCAUACAGACCGGUCAGUGGGACGACGCCGAUUUGCACAGUGCCAGAGAGUGGCUUGCAAACUUCAAUGCCAACUCGAUUCCCCGCGGCCUCUGUGCCAUCUCGUUCAGCCGCUCCAGUGGGCCUGGAGGGCAAAAUGUCAAUAAAGUCAAUUCCAAAGCGACGCUGAGGAUCCCCUUGAGCUCUCUGUUGCCGCUCGUGCCUCCAAUUCUGCACCAGAAUCUACGAGUCUCUCGUUAUCUGGCUGAGCGGGCUGAUGCACUCGUCAUCCAGUCGGACGAGGCGAGAAAGCAAUCUGCAAACGUGGAGGCUUGCUACGAAAAGCUCUACAAGCUAGUCGAAGAAUCAGCUCGCGCUGUGAUUCCCGGGGAAACGUCUGAUGAUCAGAAAAACCGUGUCAAAAACCUGUAG